UUUUUAUGGGCGAUAAAGAAAAUGCUAACUUCUAUGUUCAGUUGAGUUAUCAUGAUUUAUUUUUUUUAGAUAUUUUGUUAAAUUGAGGCGUGCUAAAUGCUCUGUUAAAUCGAGACGUGUGAAAUUUUGGAGUUGGAGAUUUAAAAAGAAAGAUUAGAUGCUAAAGCAUAAUUACACGACCAAAACGGGCAUCUGGCACCGACUAGAACCGAAGGAUGAUAUUCCCGCCAAAAGGAAAAAGAAAGCAUACGCGCGAGUUGGCACGUGCCAAUCAUGUAAAAGUGGGCCCACCCACCGGCCCAUCCAACAGCUUUUGCUUGAAUUAGGAAACAAUAACGUAACUGCCACACGAAAACUCAUCCUCCUCUCACCACCGCUUCCGUCUUCAUCGCGACUAAUACUCCCAUCGUCAUGAACACACUCACGGAGUGAAGUGUUUUUUUUCGAAGCGUUUAGAGAUCGGCGACGCUGCGGCCGCGGCGGCGAAUCGGAUCUUUCGACUCAGAAUGGCAAUGCCUGAUGCGCUCGAUCGAUUUGCGGUUCCUUGCCUUGAAGGAUCACAUGGCAGUGAUGGAAGAAAUGAAAAGGAAUCAGAGUUUGAGAUCUCAGACGAGGAAAGGAAGAAUAGAAUUGGGAUGUUGAAGAUGAAGGCCUAUAAAAUGAGGAAUUCGUUUAAGAAUAAAAGCAGGUCAAGAAGUGAUUUUGGAACUUCUGUUUUCUUGGAGGAUGGUCAGGACACCCAAGUUGUGGAGGCUGUGAAUGCUUUCCGAGAAGUUCUGACCAUGGAGGGUUUGCUUCCUGCAAGGCACAAUGAUCAUCAUGAACUGUUGAGGUUUUUGAAAGCCAGAAAGUUUGACAUUGGGAAGGCAAAACAUAUGUGGCAGAACAUGCUUCAAUGGAGGAGAGAUUUUGGGGCUGAUACUAUUAUGGAGGAUUUUGUCUUCACAGAAAGAAAUGAAGUGCUGCAAUUCUAUCCCCAAGGUUAUCAUGGUGUAGAUAAGGUGGGGAGACCAAUUUACAUUGAAAGAAUAGGAAAAAUCAAUCUGGACAAGCUUUUGGAAGUGACUACCCUGGACCGGUACAUAAGAUACCAUGUCCAGGAGUUUGAGAAGUCUCUCAGUAUUAGGUUUCAUGCCUGCUCAAAAGCUGCAAAAAGACAUAUAGAUACAAGCCUUACAAUUUUAGAUGUUGAAGGAGUGGCACUGACGAACUUAACCAAAACUGUGCGAGAAGUUGUUAUGCAAUUACAGAAGAUUGAUAAUGAUUUCUAUCCAGAAACACUUGGCCAAAUGUUCAUCGUGAAUGCUGGUCCUGGAUUCAGGCUCCUCUGGAAUGUACUCAAGCCUUUUCUCGACCCUGAUACUACUUCCAAGAUUCAUGUUCUUGGUAACUGUUACCAACGCAAACUACUUGAAGUUGUUGAUGAAAGGGAGUUGCCGGGUUUUUUAGGCGGUAGCUGUACUUGUACUGAACANUUUUUUUUUUUUUUUUGGUACUGUGGAAGUGAAUUUUUUUGUUGA